GGAUUCACGUCACUGGUAUAGUUUUGCUUUUCUCAAGCGGGCUCCUGCCUACUUGGAUGCAUCCUAAAGUAUUGUGUAUGUUGGCCUCUGCAUGCUUUUAAUUUUUGUUUGUUUGUUUUUUACAAACUGAGAAAGUUCUGGAAUUGGCACGUGUGCCAAGCCUGGUAAACAGAUGUUGAUAAAAUGAUCUCCUUUGAGAUAUCCUAAUGAGAGCAUGAGCUUAACUAGAAGAGCCAUAUAAAAAUAGUUGGUGUGCCAUUUCAUCUGUGUGACUUUAUACAAGAACAUGUCUUAAAUUAGUCUUUGCAUCAGGUAACAGAAGUAUUUGCACUGGUUUUAUGGGAGUAAUCCCAUCUCUUCCCUGUGGAAUUAACGAAGAAUGACACCUUGGAGGAAGCAUGAGGUGGUUAACUGGGAGGCAUUAUCACUUGGUGUGGUGCUGGUGGGCUCUGUGACCUGCAGGCGUGCUUUGUGGAUGGAUGUACAGGUUGUGUGCCUGGGAGAGAGAACCCCCAGAGGCACUGCCGUGACCCCAGCUGCUGCUGAUGGUCACAGAGCUGUCUGCGUCCAGCAGGGAGUGAAGGUGCACAGAGCCUUGGAGGGGUAGCAAAGGGUAACAGCAGGAUCAGUCCUCUGCAUUUUGCUUUUAUCUCUCUGGGGAGCUGGGUGAGCAUUGCUGUGGAGAAAUGCUGGGUGUUAGUCCUAUGGCAUCUUUCUGUUUGCGGGGUGUAGAGGGGGUAAAUCUUCAGCUCUGCUGGUCUGGUUGAGUUCAUUUGGAAGAAUUCCUGCUAGUGAAGUUUGUACUGCAGAGCUGUGGUCCCUGUGUGGAUAGAAGAAUCACAGCUUGCUUAGAUCUUUAUCUGCUAGUCUAAAUCAUGCAAAAAAACCUUCAUAUUCUCUGCUGCAUCUUCAUUUUCAGUGCUAAAUCUUUGGAUUGCAGUCUCAGAAAAAAGAUGAUCUGUUGGGUUUUGGCUGUGAUGACAAUCUACCAGUUGAUUGAUUCAGGGUUUUGGGGAACAUUUUUUUGCAGUCUUUUUUUCCUUUUUUUAAAACUUAAAGAACAUUGUUCUUAUUUGUAAUGAUUUGUUUGUUUGUUUGUUUUGUGUGGGUUCCCAUGUGUUAGUUUCUUACAGCUUUCCUGUGAUGAACUAAAAGCCUCAUGUAACCUAACUGCAUUUCCAGAUGUGGGGAAAUCAAAAGUAUAUGUUUGCAGUAAUUCUUUGCUAUACAAACACAUGUAUUUAUUUUGUAAAUGCUUCUUGUAUUUUAAAACACAUGAGGUGGAAGCAAUACUUCACAGGAGGAGCUGUGAAUUGGCAUGAAAUCAGUUACUUCUGAAAAGAAAGUGAGCUUUAUUGCUGGGGAUUUUUUUCUUAAAUGAAUUCUGUGGCACUUCAGUUUUCAAAACUGAAUCAAUCUGACAAGAAAUGCAUGCUCUGAUUUAUAUACCUUUGAUUUAGUUAUGCUCAGUUUAUAAACAGUGCCUGGUAAUCUUCCCUGAUCUCAUCCUGCUUUAGUUUUUAAUUUACCCUUGAAGAGACACUGCUCACUUUAAUCUGGAGUAACCACCUCCCCUCCCCACAGUAGAACGAAUGAAUAAUAAUAUUGUGAAAACAAAGAUCUAAGCGCAGCUCUCAGAUAUCUGACACGUUAAAAACAUCAAUUGAACUGAUCUGAAAUUAUGUGCAAAAACAUACAGGUAGUUUUUCAGGUAAUUUUGAAUCAUCAGAUGAUUGAUUCUGUGAGUGGUUUUCCAUGAUUCAGAUGCUGAGCAAUGUGGCGAUACUCUGAGGCUUUUGAAAGCUGGAAAACAGUUUUUGAUCCUCACAGGUAGAAAUGGCAGAGGAAAUUGCAUUGCUGUGUUAAGAGUUACAUUAUUUGGUUUCAAGGAAUUGGCUCCAUCCCACUGUAGUUUAGUGUCAGAAUGUUUGCUGGGUAUUUUCAUUCUUGCUUUUAAGUGCAAUUGUUUUCUUUACAGAAGACAAUAACACUACAAGAUAAUUUUCCCCCUAAUCUUUUGGGGGGUUUAGUUUUUGAACUAUUUAAUUUUCACAGAAUCAAUUAGGUUGGAAAAGGCCUCUGAAAUCAUUGCAUCCAGUCUGUGAUCCAACAUCACCGUGGCACCGAGCGCCAUGUCCAGGCUUUCCCUAAGCACCUGCAGGGGUGGUGACUCCCCCACCUCCCUGGGCAGCCCACUGCAGUGUCUAAGCACCCUAAAGCUCCCCUGGUGCAGCCUGAGACCUUGUCCCCUUGUCCUGCCACUGGUUUCGUGCGAGAAGAGGCCGACCCUCACCUGGUUACAGCCUCCUGCCAUGGAGUUGUACUCCCUCAGUAAAGGGAUACAGCUAAAAGAACAGCCUGAACCUUUAGCAGCAUCGAAAUGCUCAUGAAGACCUUCAUGAAUAAUUUGAAAUUUUAGCCAAAAAUUGGAUAUUGAAGGUCUUGCUUCACCUGGUUCAUUUGAAAGAUCUGUGGAAGCAUUUCUUCAAAGCAUUAGUGGAAGUAAUUAUCAGAGUAAGGUGUCAAUUUUGUGUUUGUUUUAUGCUUUCCUUUUUAGGAACUAUAAAACGAUAUAUGUUAACAUUUCAAAAUUGCAGAUUUAGAGUAUUUUUUCAGAUGAGCUGCAUCUCUUCCUUAAAAAGUGACUGGUAAUUUAAAUGAUAACCACUUUUCUGGUGAUAUUUCUGGAUUUCAUAAACCAUUACCUGAAAUCCUUCUCUUACUGAAAAGCCAACUUAUAGUUUCAAUUAAAAGUGUUUCUGUGUACAUGAAUAUCACAUUAAUUACACAAAUUCAUUUCUGGCUGCCUUUCUUUUUGUAGAUGUUGAUGAAAAGAUAAUGCUUCUCAGUUAAUUUUAAAGCAUUUAAAGGAAGGCUUAUUUAAACAUGACUGAAAGUGGAUUAAUCCUUUUCUUCCUUCCAUCUCUUCCUGUAAUCAUCACAACCUUGUUUUAGAAAUUAACAAAUGUUGUCUGAAGGGCUGUGGCAGGGAGUGUUUUGCUUAUCUCAGUGGUCUUCAGUCCAGCUGGUAAUUAGCACUUCUCUUAGUGACUGAGACAUAAUUUUAACAAGAUUUGGCUCUUCCUUCUCAGCACUGUCUAUUGAAAGAGCGUGGGUGUUGCAAGCAGGUAACCUGAGUCCAUUUGAGUCUUGCAUCUCAAAAUUCAAUCCAAAAUCAUCCUGCCUCAUCGAAGGGGCCUUUUGGAUGGUUAUUGAAAUGAUCUGAUCUCUCUUACUGUGAUACUGUUGUGACUGGGUUUGUGCAUCUGCAGUUUUAUCAGGGAUGAUUCAUAGGCUGAAAUGGUGUUUGUCCACUCAAGGCUUCAUUCCUUUCCCCUUUCAAAGGGAAAAUAAUGGGAAAAAAGCUAUUCUGCCUGAUAGAUAAUAGCUUCUCUUUUAUUGUUUGGCAGUGUGUGGUUUUGUUUUUCUUUUUUUUUUUUUUAAUCUUGAAAUUUGACUUAACAAAAGAAAGGUAACGAGAAUCCAAAUAAUGUGAGGACUUGGCAGGGGGAUUUGCCAUGUAUGAGGAGAAAACUGACCUGAGUACAGCACACUGCAAGUGCCCAAACCCAGCCCUCCAGAGCUGGAGACUGAUUAAAUCAGUCUGUAGUUUUUGCAGGUGAAGUAGUUAAUUUGAGACCUUAAUUUCAGAACUUUAUUUGUUCCCUGUAGUCUGCACAUCCGAUGGGGCUCCGUGUACCCUUCCAAAGCAAAGUGUACAUCCACAAAGCCGGCUCAAGCCUUCUUGUUUGUAAGAUAAGAUGUCAAAAGCGGUCCCUUUUUAAGGGUGGAGAGGUACUGGUGGAAUUUUAGAUGGCCACGUUGAGAUUGAUACAAUUUCAAAACUGAUUUUUAGCUCGAUUUCAGCCGAGCAAGGAGUGGCAGUGAGGACACUUCUGGUCCUGUAGGAGGAACAGUGAUACUCCUGGGUUAGGACAGGUAACCCUUUGUGACACAGGAGGAGAGGGGCCCAGACAGAAAGCUGCUUGUUGCUUGGUGUUGUUUUGGUAUUUCCACCACCCUGCCUUUUGGGUAUGGGCAUAGCUGGUCACACUUUAAAAAUUAGAUUUCUUUGUUCUAAAGCAAGGCUUGGGUUAAAUGCAGUACGACACACCCCCUCACCCACAGUGUUCUGAUUAGGUAUUUUUCAAUAUCUAUCUUAAAUGUCAGGAUAACGCCUGACAAGAAGGCUCACUGUCUUGUGAACCACGAGAUCCAGAGCACAUUUCAGCAGUGCACAUCAGAACAAGUGCAUAGCUCCAGCCCUGAAAGUAUGAACUGAAGUACAGCACAAUGUAAAUGUCAGCUCAGGAACGUGAGGUAGGUUUGGUAUGAUCCCUUAAGGAUUCUUUGUUCAUGGCCUAAAUUGCAAGGUUUCUGGGGCAGGGACUAUCCUUGCAUUAUUUAUUUUAUGGCAUUUAUUCAAUGCAUUCUUUGUUAUUUUUUAUUUGACCUGCUUGGUGCCCAUUUGCUGAUACCUCAGAUGAGGGAAUACACUGCAAUACAGUGUUUUUAAUUGGAAUAUAUACACAGAGCUGAUACAUGCAGGUUAAAAAGAAAUGGCAUCCAUGCUGUUCAGUCCAACGUGCUGAAGUACCUAAGGGUAUAAAGCAGCUUUCACACUAUUUCAUCUCUUUAUAUUCCAGUUGUUGAUACCUUUUUUAACGUGGCGAGAUGACUUCCCCAAAGCCUACAGCCCUUGUGUGUUAGCAACAGGGAUCCUGGUAAAUUACUUCUUGACCUUGACUUGGAAAUCAAAAUGCAGCAAAUCAGGGACGUGGCUAUGCUCUGCCAGUCCAGCUCCCGGGGGUGCAGGGUAAUGUAUGGAGCAAGGCAUUGCUUGCACCGCUCACACUCAGGUGCCGUGCAGUGUUAGAGGCCAUUAUCUUUAAUACCUUUGUUAUGCAACAGAUCCAGUUUUGAUUUGUAGCCCAGAAAGAGCAAAGUUUCACUUUUAGAAGCACAGUCUGUUACAGGAUAUUUAUCAAGCAGUCUUUCUGCAUAUGGAUGUUGACAGCAGUCUUGCAGCAGAAAUGACAGUGUUCUUCUUGGAGGUGUUUCUAAGUUUGAGGAUUCCCCGUGGAAAUCUUUUAAGUCAGAACAUAACUCAGGAACACCUUUUUUUUUAUUGCUUUGGCAAUAAAAAUUGUAUGGACAUAGUCUGAAUCAGCAAAGCUGGCUUGAAGGGGCGCUCAAGUGAAAACCAUAUAUAUGUAUAAAAAGGAAUUGUCUUUUGCAAAGAAUCUUAAGUAGCUGUGGACAUCAGGCCUGCCACUGAACAUUUUAAAACUAAUUUAUAUGGGUUGUGUCAUUUCUGUUUCCUCCCUCUUUCUUUCUGUUCUGUGAAAGGCAGCAAGCAGCAAACCCUGAGCAAGCUCUACUGCUCAGUUGGAUGAGAAAAGAAAUAGAAGGGGCUGGGCAGAAAUUGAGAUCUUACAAAGCACAGAUCUAGAAAGAUGUUCCAGCUAUGCUAAAAAUUAUUUACACUUUGCAGUCUUGCAGUUCUCAGUGAUCUAAUAGUGGUUCUGGAAUCUCUCUUUUAGGCGUUGUACAUAUUUGUUAAAAAUGCUCCUUCACCCAAAGAAUUUAUUGUGCUGGAAUAGGAGGAGCCUAGAGCUGAACACAGUUUUUGGUAUAUAAGCAACAGAAUAGAAGUGUGAAACAUUUCCAGCUACAUGUGUUUAAGAUCAGCCUAAAAAUUCAAGCUGCAUGUUUUAAUAAUUUUUGAUCAAGUGCAACUUCAAAGAUUUUGACUUCCCUUUAAAGUGUAAAUUUUUGCAUUGGACGGUGUAGCACAAACCAGCACUGGCUGCCAUCAGAUGAGAUUUGCUUCAGUGCAGCUGGCAGCAUCAGCCCAGGAUGUUUGCACAAUGAGGCUUUGUAAACCUCCUCUGCAGAACUGCAAUGCUUUGAUCUGUUUACUGGACAAAUCAAAAUUAAACUGAUGUCUCUUCUUUUCCUUUUUCUUUUCUGUAUUUUUUUUCCUUAGGAGAAACUAGCACUCAGGAAAUCUGGCUGGCCAUAUCAGAUUUUGCCCCAAGAAAUUGCAUUAGUUUAAAAAAGAGGCAUUGUACUCCCAGCUUAAUGUUUAAACUCAGUGUCAAAACGUUAGGGCCGAAUAAUGCACACCGAUAAUGCAAAUGGUUUUCUUGGGUGGAUUUCAACUCCUGUGCUAGUGUCUGGGAGAAGAUGUUUACUUUCUUGCAUUGAAAUACCACGCUAUUUCCAUCACAGUAAUGCCGCUUUCAGCUAGCUGGUUGCAGCCAGGUGCAGCGAUAAGAAAUCAAAAUUGUUUUUAAAUGUAUCUCUGUUUAUUACAGUGUAACUUUUCUUUUAUACUUCAUAUUAUCCUGUGACUAAACAUGUUUACUUUAAACGGGCUAUGUGUUCCAGGUGGGUAGAAGCAAAACAAAAGUGCGUUCGAACCAGCUGUAAUUAAAUUUCUGCUCUGUACAUUUUGUCAAGACAAGAAAAGCUGCUGGCAUUUAAACCUUGCAAUGCAUUAUGGAGUGUCUGCCAGUCAGAUCCUCCUAUGGAAUUAAAACAAAUUGGAAAGCAGAGUGAGAGAGGGGGAGAGAGAUUUGUGUGAAUUAAAUGACUGCGGCCUGUGGUUUGCCAGGCUCUCCUGCUUUUGUUGGUGAUGUCUGGUUAUGUAAACUUCUUCCCACCACUUUCUUCUUCAACUUGCAGCAAAGCAGUUUUGUGUGGUGUAACAUCUGCUGGCAUAAAAGUGGUCGUAAAUAAAAAAGUCUUUACUGUGCAGCCCAGUAGGAAGGAAAGAAAGGAUGGAAGGGUGCAUUCUCUAGAAACACAGAUGGCUUUAGUCAUUAAUAAUGUUUUACGAAAUAAUUUUUAAAAUAGGAUUGCCAAAAAAGGGACUGUAUGAAGAAGCUGAGUGCAUCUAUUUGGUACUUUUGGAAGAGUUUGCUGUUAAGCUUUCCUGGAGGAGCAUGCCCAACGUGAUCAGCCGUGCGCUCUCCCGAGAGCGAUGGGACCAAGAGGUUUCCAUAAAACGAUGGGCCCGUUCUGUGUUAUUCUGUACUGUGCAAAAUAAUCUUGUAUUAUAGUAUGGGAUGUAAUUAUCCCAGUAAAUAUUCAGGGGGAAAAAUAAUGCUGCUUAAUCCCUUUCUCUUGCUGUGGUGGAGGAUUGGGAUAAAAAAGCGCAGAUCACCACACGCCACGGUAGAGCUGCUGGCCUACAUUUCAGAGCGAGGUUGGCAAGGAGCAGGCUCCCAGUUUCUGGAACACAGAGUACAUCCCAAAGAGAACUAUUAGGCUGCACUAGGAUUUAUGUGAUGGUGCUGAGCUUUCCCUGGAGAUGUCAGAUUUUAUCUUAGUGAUACGAAGUGCUGGCCUGCUGGCCUAAAAGGAGUAUCCAUCCUCUUCACAUCCUGUCACCUGCAUGUUCCCCAGGGCCUGCAUUAACUGCCAACUUUCACGUUGGAGUCCAGGCCUGUUCCUUCCUCUCUGUUCUCUUUGAAGAUGGUGAGACACCCUUAAACUUUACUCUUGGUCGGAGUGCAGGUUUUUAUGAUAAUAAUUAAUUUAAUUGGCCCAAGCCGAGUAAAAGCAUUUACCCAUGAUUGACCUGGAUUCUUUGUAAUGCUGUAAAUGAAGUCUUGGAUUGUUAAUGCUUUCAUCAGCAGUGAGUAAUUUCAUAGAUUGAAAACCUCUUAAACUGCAGCAUGAUGAUUUUGGUUCCAGAGAAUUACUAGAGGUGACUAAAAAUUGUGAAUCUCCCCAGAAAAAAAAAAACAAACAAAAAAACCCCAACAAACUUUCCUAAACCAUAGGUAAAAUUGACUGUAGGAGCUGUAGGAUAGUAUGUAAUUACAUCCAAGACACACUGAAAUUCUCCGAGUCAAAUUGCACAUUGUGUGUCUUGGUGCUAUUACAUUUGCAUACUGAUAAGAGUUUGUAAUAAUUGUCUAUAUUGCACAAAUGCUGCUGUUGUUUAUUGCUUGGCUUAAAUUGUGUGGGGUUUAUCAUAUAAAUAUAACUCAUUCUCUGUAGAAAAAGGUCUAAAAGAUUCUAUUAUCUACUCAUCAUUUUGGUGUACUUAAUUAUCAGUUGAUAUGCUUUUCAUGAAAUGGAGUCUCUGGGCUCCAAGUACUUGACAUCUCUGUGAAAACAGUCUGCCUGUUUUGGGAGGGCAGCGCCCUGAGUCUUGCUCAGCAAACAUCAAGGACUGGUUGUACCUUUCAGUUUAGUUAUAUGGACAUUGAUCCCGAGUCAGGAGCUCUCUUGACUCGGGAUUUCAUGGCUGGAGGCAGAUUUAGGGCUUACGGGGUGGAUUGUGUGGGGCACCGGUAGGAGGCUGUGUGCUCUCUUUGGUGAACAAGUUUCUGCCUUAGUGGAGCUGAACGCAACAGCCUCGGUAGCUUUCUGUGGUUUCUGAAAGUGAUUUCCAGCGUGGUGUCCUACGCCCUGUAAUUGCGUUCAACUGUGUGCUUACCCGCUUCUUUGGUCUGCUUUGGGAGUCAUCCCGUCAGGUUCGUAUUUCCUGGGGACAGCCGGCCAUCUGUGCCUGUAGUCAGUGCCAUCCAGGUCAGAAGCAGUGCAGGAGAGGUGCAGAGCUGUGUGGUAGCUGAAGGUGCUGCUGAUCCUGUGGGCGAGCACACGAAAUGUUCCAGAAGGAUACGCCAGAGGCUCACAUUAUGUAAUGCCUCGAGCAGGAAGCCACCGAAUCGUGUGUGGAGCAUGUCAGCAGCAACAGCCUGAUGUCCCUGGCAAGGCUCCACGCCAGGAAGGAGCUGGGCUUUCUCAGCAGCCUCACAGGAGAGCGAGGGAGGUGCAGGAGGCCCUGCAGGAGCAGCCUGGCCCGUGGGAGGCCGGAGCUGCUGGGAGGCAGGGUGCUGACACCACCUCCCUCACUGGGCUUGCCUGCCCCCAGGUGCAGGAAUGACAGGGAAUUCUUCUCGUUUUCCUCCUGCCUUGUGUGUUCGCCUCUUCUUUUGCUUUGUUUUUUUUUUUUUCCCCUUAGUCCUAGAUCCUGGAAAAAAUACAAAGGAAGGAUGGACCUUCUCAGAAGCUCUGCAUCCAGAUUAGGGAUAUACAGGCAAUUCGUGUCUGAAAAAUGUUAACAGUUGUGUGUCUAAAAUUAACUAAUGAGCUAUGGUCGAAGCUCCUUUUCGGCACAAAAUAAGGGAAGGUUUGGUAGGUAAUGAUCAUUUCAGUAUAUUGACAGACUAAAAUUGUCAUGUUUAAAUUAAGUCUCUAAUGGUCUUUCCUAAAUUGGGUACUUGUACUUUGCUUUUAAUUAGAAUGAGGCAAAAGGUCCUUAUUGGAAUUCUAAAGUUAUACUCUGGGUAACUCAAGGAGGUGAUUAUCUGUAACCAAGUGUCCGUCAAUGGGACAGUCUUGCAGAAGCGUGCACUUGUCAGGUCAUUUUCUCUGAGCAUUUCAGAGUGACAGCUGAAAAAGAACCUUGAAUGAUGGAUCCCUGUGGAUGAAAACUUGUUUUCUGCUUGAAACUAAAAAUAAAAUUAAAAAAUCCUGUUGACAAGCCCAGAGUCUUGACAGAGGUUGCCCAUCCUUUUGAAGGGUCAUCAUGAUUCAGCUGGGUCUUUUGCAAAAAUAAGUCUUUUCCGUGUAGGUUAUAAUGGGUUAGGUUGAGAAGAGACAGGAAACCCCUGGGGUGUGUUUAAGGUGACAGGAAAGCCAGGUGACAAGUGAAGAAACACGUUGUGCUUUACUGAACAGUGGUGAGGAAAUGUGUGUUGUGGCCAGGGUGAACACUGGCCACAUCAGAAUUUGAUGCCUCUGCGCCUGCCUUGGUGUUCAGGUGCAGCUGGAAUCCUGUGAUAUCUAGUUAGGUGUUCAGGAAGUGAGGAACAUCAAAUGAAAGAUCCUUUGCAAUAAAAAAAAGUGGGCAUAAGGUACUUAAGACCAACUUAGUCACUAAAAAUUUUUUUUUUCUUCAGAACAUGAGAAAAAUGAAAAUGGUGUGGUUUUUGUAUUUUAGCCUUUAACCCAGCUCUGGAAUGAAGGGCAGACCUGAGGCUGCAGCCACUGUCCGUUCCUCCACCAGUUGUCCUGUUCCUGUGAGUUACAAGCUGCUCAGUGUUUCUGGAACACAGGCACACUUUGGACAGGCAGUUUAUUUUUGCAUGAGGCUGGCUCUAGUUGACCCAGAAGUAAGUGUAAGGAUGCUUUUGUGUGAAGCCGCGAAAUCCUGGAGACCCAGAGAUAUCUUGUCAUGUAAUUAUGAGCUGCUGAGGGAAAAGAAGAUAGUUUCUACAAUGUGAAUUUCUACGGAACAAUUUCUGACUUCCAAAAGAGCAAAAGUUAAUGGUGAAAGAAUGAGUGACUGGUGGACUUCUGAAGGGGAUUCCAAAGUUUACCAGACUGCUGCCUCAAGUUGGUCUGUGGUUGUCUAAGCCAGAAAAGUAGGAAAUAACUCCCAAAAGAACUGCUGCCAGAUCUCUGAAGCACGUAUUGAGCUGUUUGAUCUGAAACACAGUGUGUAAGAGGGGCUGUGCCAAGUUUUGAAAGGUUUUUCUUCUGUAAUCAUGGCAAAACCUUAUGAAUUUAACUGGCAGAAGCCAGUUCCCUCUUUUAUGCAAGAUGGAGCUGUGUUUGAUAGAUACGAAGAGGAGUCUUUUGUCUUUGAAAGCAACUGUCUCUUCCAAGUGGAUGAAUUUGGUUUUUUUCUGAGCUGGAAAAGUGAAGGAAAGGAGGGACAGGUAUUAGAAUGCUCCCUGAUCAACAGUGUUCGUUUUGGAGCUGUACCAAAGGAUCCCAAAAUACUAACUGCACUCGAGGCUGUCGGAAAAUCAGAAAACGAGUUGGAAGGACGGAUAGUGUGCGUGUGCAGCGGCACAGAUCUGGUGAACAUCAGCUUCACUUUCAUGGUAGCAGAAACCACAGAAAUAGCCAAGCAAUGGGUAGAAGGGCUUGGAUCCAUCAUACAUAACUUUAGAGCUAACAAUGUCAGUCCAAUGACGUGUCUCAAGAAACACUGGAUGAAGCUGGCCUUUCUAACAAACACAAAUGGGAAAAUUCCAGUUCGGAGCAUAACCAGAACCUUUGCAUCAGGUAAAACAGAAAAAGUCAUCUUUCAGGCACUGAAGGAAUUGGGUCUUCCCAGCGGAAAGAAUGAUGAAAUUGAGCCUGCAGCUUUUACUUAUGAGAAAUUUUAUGAGCUUACCCAAAAGAUAUGUCCCCGAACUGACAUAGAGGACCUCUUUAAGAAGAUCAAUGGAGACAAAACUGAUUAUUUAACGGUAGACCAAUUAGUGAGCUUUCUAAAUGAACAUCAACGAGAUCCUCGGCUCAAUGAAAUUUUAUUUCCCUUUUAUGACACAAAAAGAGCAAUGCAGAUAAUUGAGACUUAUGAGCCAGAUGAAGACUUGAAGAGGAAAGGUGUCAUAUCCAGCGAUGGCUUCUGCAGAUACCUGAUGUCAGAUGAAAAUGCCCCCGUGUUCUUGGACCGUUUGGAAUUGUACCAGGAGAUGGACCAUCCCCUGGCUCACUACUUCAUCAGCUCCUCUCACAAUACCUAUCUAACAGGCAGGCAGUUUGGGGGCAAGUCUUCAGUGGAGAUGUACAGACAAGUGCUUUUGGCUGGAUGCAGGUGUGUCGAGCUGGACUGUUGGGAUGGCAAAGGUGAAGACCAAGAACCAAUAAUAACCCACGGGAAAGCAAUGUGCACAGACAUCCUUUUCAAGGAUGUAAUUCAAGCCAUUAAGGAAACAGCAUUUGUUACAUCAGAGUACCCUGUCAUUCUUUCAUUUGAAAAUCACUGCAGCAAAUACCAACAGUACAAGAUGUCAAAAUACUGUGAAGAUCUUUUUGGAGAUCUCCUGUUGAAGCAGCCUCUAGAAACACAUCCACUUGAGCAAGGUAAAGCCUUACCAUCUCCCAAUGACCUCAAAAGAAAGAUUCUCAUAAAGAAUAAAAGGCUGAAACCUGAAGUAGAAAAGAAACAGCUUGAUGCUCUGAAGAAGAUGAUGGAGGCUGGGGAAACUACUGCUCCUGUAAAUAUCCUGGAGGAUGAUAAUGAAGAGGAGAUAGAAAGUGCUGACCAGGAAGAGGAAGCUCAUCCUGAGUACAAGUUUGGAAGUGACCUUACUGUAGAUGAUUACAGUCAAAAAGAAGCUGUUGCCAUCAGUGUCAAAAAGGCUGUUGAAGAUUCUGAGCAAGAAAACAAUAAAAAGGGUUUAGUAACUGUGGAAGAUGAACAAGCGUGGAUGGCAUCUUACAAAUAUGUAGGUGCCACAACCAAUAUACAUCCAUAUUUAUCAACAAUGGUCAACUAUGCUCAACCUGUAAAAUUUCAAGGUUUCGAUGUAGCAGAAGAACGUAAUAUUCACCAUAACAUGUCCUCUUUCAACGAAUCUGUCGGACUGGGCUAUUUGAAGACUCAUGCCAUUGAGUUUGUGAAUUACAACAAGCGGCAGAUGAGUCGGAUAUACCCGAAGGGAGGCCGUGUGGAUUCCAGUAAUUACAUGCCUCAGAUUUUCUGGAACGCUGGCUGCCAGAUGGUCUCACUGAACUAUCAGACCCCAGAUUUAGCAAUGCAGUUGAACCAAGGGAAAUUUGAGUACAAUGGAUCGUGCGGGUAUCUACUAAAGCCAGAUUUCAUGCGACGACCAGACAGGACGUUUGACCCGUUCUCUGAAACUCCUGUAGAUGGAGUGAUUGCUGCAACGUGUUCUGUCCAGGUGAUAUCUGGGCAGUUCUUGUCAGACAAGAAGAUUGGCACCUACGUGGAGGUGGACAUGUACGGGCUGCCCACGGACACGAUCCGCAAGGAGUUCCGCACGCGCAUGGUGAUGAACAACGGCCUGAACCCCGUGUACAACGAGGAGUCCUUUGUCUUCAGGAAGGUUAUCCUGCCUGACCUUGCUGUCCUGAGAAUAGCAGUGUAUGAUGACAACAAUAAGCUGAUUGGCCAGAGGAUCCUGCCCCUGGAUGGGCUGCAGGCAGGUUACAGACACAUUUCCCUGCGCAACGAGGGCAACAAACCCCUCUCUCUUCCAACUGUUUUCUGCAACAUUGUGCUCAAAACCUACGUGCCUGAUGGGUUUGGAGAUAUUGUGGAUGCUUUAUCAGAUCCAAAGAAAUUUUUGUCUAUCACAGAAAAAAGAGCAGACCAAAUGAGAGCUAUGGGCAUUGAAACUAGUGAUAUAGCUGAUGUACCAAAUGACACUUCCAAGAACGACAGGAAAGGGAAGGCCAAUAACCCCAAAGCCAACGUAACUCCUCAGAGCAGCUCGGAGCUUCGGCCCAGCACCACGGCAGGCUCUGGCUCUGGCACCGACGCCAAGAAAGGUAUAGACCUUAUUCCUCAAGUGAAGAUAGAAGAUUUAAAGCAAAUGAAGGCUUAUAUAAAGCAUUUAAAGAAGCAGCAGAAAGAGCUGAAUGCCUUGAAGAAGAAACAUGCCAAGGAGCACAGUGCCAUGCAGAAGCUGCACUGCACACAGAUUGACAAAAUAGUGGCCCAGUAUGAUAAAGAAAAGGUGUCAUAUGAGAAAAUGUUGGAGAAGGCAAUCAAGAAGAAGGGAGGAAGUAAUUGCGUUGAAUUGAAGAAAGAAACGGAAAUUAAAAUUCAGACACUAACAUCAGAUCACAAAUCUAAGGUCAAAGAGAUCGUGGCUCAGCACACCAAGGAGUGGUCUGAGAUGAUCAAUACGCACAGUGCCGAGGAGCAGGAAAUCCGCGACUUGCACUUGAACCAGCAGUGUGAACUGCUGAAGAAACUGCUCAUCAAUGCUCACGAACAACAAACGCAGCAGCUGAAAUUCUCCCAUGACAGGGAGAGCAAGGAGAUGCGUGCCAACCAGGCUAAGAUAUCCAUGGAGAACAGCAAAGCCAUUAGCCAAGACAAAUCCAUCAAAAACAAAGCUGAAAGGGAGAGGCGAGUCAGAGAACUGAACAGCAGCAACACGAAAAAGUUCCUGGAAGAGAGAAAAAGGCUGGCAAUGAAGCAGUCAAAGGAAAUGGAUCAGUUGAAAAAAGUUCAGCUUGAGCACUUAGAAGUCUUGGAGAAGCAGAAUGAGCAGCUUUUGAAAUCCUGUCAUGCAGUGUCUCAAACACAAGGCAAAGGAGAUGCAGCAGAUGGUGAAGCUGGAAGCAGAGAUGGAUCGCAGGCCAGCAACAGUGGUUUAAAGCCUCAACAAGCAAAUUGAAGUUGGAGAGCACAGCAUCCUUAAAAUGAGAGCAAAAUUCAAAAUAACAUUGCUGAGGUUGAAGAGUGGGCUUUUGGUUUGGUUUGGUUUUGGCAGGGGUUUGUUUUGGGCUUUUUUGUUCUUAUUAUACCAAGGGUAGCUACGGACCACCGAGUCUUAAGGUUUGCAUUGUUUCUUUUUAACACUGGGCACUGAAUUCCCUUUGUUGGAUUUCCAUAAGAAUUUCCUUUGUUCAGAAAAACCCGGACCGGAAAUGAAGAGAGCUUUUUAAACCCCGUCCUGUUUUCCUUUCUGUAUCUCACCAGGCACCUUGCCUGCAUCAGAAUCCCAGGAUCAGAGCCUCGAAACACAGGAGAUACCUUUACCAUCAUCUCAGAUGGCAACAAAGCUGUAGCUCGAGUGGUGUAAUUUCCCACUUGUGUUCUCAUGUGUGAUGUGCUGUGCAGAAAGCCCGCGCUGCCAGACCCCGCCAGGCCACGCCUUGUCAGAUGCUCCGCACUGCUGUCCCCUGAGCCCACUGAACGGGACCUUAUGCCAAGUAAUAAUUAGGGUAGUAAGGAGUUGAGUUUGAUUUGAAAUUAUAUUUAAAUGGGGUUUUUUUUCAGGCAGCGGGCAGUUGAAAGGUAACUGCGCAUAUUCAAAAGUACAGCGUGUACAAAGUCAUCGGCCAAAUUCAUCAGCUGCAGCAGUAACUUGACAGGGUAUUUCUGCAGCCUAACGAUGUCAUUCACAAGUGCCAUAUCAACUCUAUCAGUUCUGAGGGGAGCCAAUGUCCUGUAGAAGUCACUGCAGUGGAUAACCUGAGGGAAAUACGGAGUAUUUGUGCCAAAACUGAUCAGUGCUCUAAGGAAUUACGUAUUAGGCACUUUAAGAAAAGUUUACAUCCCACAUUGCUUGUAUAGAAAUUGCAUUUUGAUCCUGCUGUUGCAGAUCCCAGAUACUCCAGUUCAUUGUAACUUAAAAGAUUGUUUAAAUGGCUUUUGGCAAAAAGUUUGUAACUGUGAAAAUGUAAAAAGUAUUUAUACACUUGGGAAACACAACAUUGUAGAAAAUCACAUACAUGUUGCUACGUGAUGAAAUUAGUCAACAGAAAUGCUAAAGUAUGUUUGCAUGUGAUACAAAUGCUACUAAGGCUGUCAUGCCUACUAUAUGACCACAGUCAUGCUACUAGCUGGUAAAUACUGAGUAAAUGUAUGGCACAGAAUACUGUUUGAUUAAUUACAAAGACUUUUAGCAUUACAAGGUCUCUAUAUAUAUGUGUGUAUAUUAAUUACGUGGGCAUUCUUGAUACUUGUAGUAAAAGAGAAGUACAUAACUAAUUUAAUUUUACACAGAAGUAUUUAUGCAGAUUUUCAGAAUUUCAUAUCAGGAAUAACCUUUUUAUGUCCAUUAGAUAUAAAAACAAUUUGCUAAUGUGUUAAUUUGCAUGUUUCCAGAGCUUGCUGUAGUUAUAUUGCAAAACAAUGCAUGUAAGCAUUCGGCUUGGAAAUUGUCCAUGCUGCCAAUUCAAAGAUGACUGCAUGGAAAACUGGUAGUUUAGAACAAAUCAGAUUUCUGAUUUCAAUGUACUAAGCACCAAUUACUUUGUUGUAUAUGCUUGUACAAACAAAUUCUACAUAUUCCUAUAAACAAAAUAAAUGAAGAGAGAUAAUUAUGUUAUUGUCAGUCCUGAGAUGAAACUUUCAACUUCUCUAAUAAAAACCUUAAAAAUUCAAGUCCUUUAGUUUUGACUGCAGUGAAUUGCAGGGUGGUGGUGUUAUUUAUUAAUUGCAGAUUUUUAGCAAGUUGUAUUUCCUGUAAAAAUGUGCAUAGUGUAAAUAUAUUUCUAUCACAGCUUA